GCGACCAGAUUGGUUCCAUCGCAGCAAAUCGCAACCAUCAGGACUAGGACUGCGAGAGAAGUUUGGUGAAUCCAUUCUCUCACUAAAUCCUGAAUAUCGCCCUGCGUCGGAGGUUCUUUUUGGGAGUCAUGGCAUCCUCUACCUAUUGCAACACCCGGCAGAUCCGGCACCAACACAACGAGCAACAUCAAUUUUUACAGCAGCAUCAACAAUCCGCUUCUUCUUCCCACUGUCUUCCAAAAGCGAACGCAGCAGCCUCUCCAGUGAUGUCAAGAAAUACUUCGAUAGUGGACGAAAACGCCAUUGUCAACGAUUACAGACCGCCGGGUAUAAUCUCGUCGCCUUAUCACCCCCUCAAUGACAACGAAAACAACAAGAAAUGCGAGGCUGCUUCCACUUCAAACAAAAAAGUGCAAUGGGUCUACAACCCCAUCGACGGGAGUGUUCUGCACGACCACAAUGGRAACCCACUGAGCGUGGAUAGAUUGCUCGCUACAAAACCCCUCAGGCACGAACUUUCGACCCGCCCCGGGCCGGGAAACAAAAAGCUGACCUACAUUAGCGGGGACGACGUCAGCAGGACGCUGAACGACAUCUUUGGCUUUGACGGCUGGGAUCUGGACAUCAAGGACGUAUCGAAGGUGGACUCCGAAAGAGAUCCUAAAACGGGGAAGCACACCAUUGUGUACACGGCCCAGGUCCGAUUGACCCACAGGGSGUCCGGGGCCUACAAGGAAGACUGCGGGGCAGGGGAUUCGACCGAUCGAUCCUAUGCCACGGCGACCGCUCACGCGCUGAAGGCAAGCAUCACGGAUGCGAUGAAGCGGGCGGCUCGCCAUUUCGGGGACAAGCUGGGAAACUGUGAGURCAGARAGAUUYUGUUGUUGUUUGUUUCGUUUCCUGGUGGGGUUCGUGCAUUGGCAUCGAUUUGCUCUGUGUGUUUUACUUUAUGUGAUGGUGACGCUUGAUCGUUCUGGAUCCAUGUCUCGUUGGCAUCUAAUUACGUUUGUAUCUCAACCACACAAAACGCAAYWCAUUGCAACAGCGCUCUAUUCCGGGAACUUUAGCAUCAACAAGGCUCCGGUCUCGCUGAAGGAUGCACUCGACAAGUACGACAUUCAUAGAUGCAACACCAAGUUUGGAUUUCAGCGGUCCAACAAAAAGCCCAGUUCGUCAGUGGCCAACACAAAGGCAGUCGAUGCUUCACAUAUACCCAUGCCUCCUCCUCCGGCUCAACAGAAUGUGCAGCAGCAGCAACAACAACAAAAUAUGCACCAAAGAUAUCCCCCUGCUUCGAUUGUUUCAAACGAAAAAUCUGGAGUUGGAAAGCAAGAAGAGAGCAGUCUUGCUCACCAACAUCAACACCACAAUGAGCGAAACUCGCACCGGCCUCAGAAUUGCCACCAUACCCAUCCCAAUGCUCCGAGUAUUGCCGRGCCGUCCGAUGGUCCUCCUCCUCAGCAACAGCAAAGGACGAGCAUCAGUACUCUAUCCUUUGGUGCUCCAGCAAACUCCAAUUCCGAGACAAAUAUACYUGCCCAACAAUACCAACUCCAAACGCASCGACAGCAACAUCCACCCCAGAAAWCAUUUCGAGCAAAUACUAAUGCUCCAAACGUUUCGGGGAYUUCGAACGGUCCUCGGCCGCCGCAGCAGAGCAGAAACCCCAAUUUUCCGUCUUCYAACGGACCCGCACAACCAGAAUCUCGUUUCACACCGGAAUCGACGAAUUCGGCAACCGCUUUGGAUCGACCAUCCUCRUCGUAUGGGCGGCGCCCCGCCCUCGGAUCCAUUUCYUCUUCCACCACGAGUGCGGCAACAACAGGCCAAUCUUUCGAUACCAACAACAAUCAUARCGACAAGAACAGWAGUAACGACGUUCGCAGGGUGUCCUUGGGCAAUCAACACCCGCAGCACAUGCGCCAAUCGAUGCCAGCGCAAAACCACCAUUCAAACGCGAGCAUAACAAAUAAUGUUCCUGCGAUUAGCCAAACACCAUCGGCCUGUAGCGGUGGYGGCAACCAUAACCACUACAAUAAACCACRGCACAAACGGCCUCCUCUCGGGAACAUAGUACCGAAUCCCGAAUUUGCCCCAAAGCGCCCAAAGCCACAGCACCACAAUCCCUACCAACAACCCUACAACAGUGGAAGAAAAUCCAUCUAGAAUGGGUAACAAAGUGUUGCAUUGGCACCGCGUUCGUAAUGCAUCUGGAAGAUGCCAAAGUUCCACUCCCAACCUUGGCUUCUUACACAGUGCUUCCCGCAAGUUCUGCCCGUUGAUUUUGCAUGACGAAGGCAGGCUCCCAAAUGAAAAAAUUAAAUAUGGGUUGAUCUCUUAGCGUCUCCGAAAACGCUGUUGCCAUUUCCUUUGUAGCACUCUUCAUUUGUUAGACGAACUUAUACGACCAAAAAUGCUAACAAUGGGUCUCAGAGAGCACUAUGAUUUUAMACGGAUCCUAAACACAAAAUUGGAGCGAUUCAAACCAUUUUUUGGAACUGAAAYCAACACCAAGAUUUUCACCCAAAUGCAAACGGGGUGCAUUCGUUAUGAUGUAGUGCACUUCUCGAAGACUUCUGAAAAUUACUUUUUGUKACAUUCGUAUUGCAUUCGACGGAAUAAUGGUACCAUAUAGUGAAAGGAGUCUUGGUGAACAAAAAUACUUAUCAACG